AUGGAUGUUUAUGAUCAAUUCAUCGAUCCUACAGUGGUAUCAGACUCUAUAAGCUGUCAUUUCACAAGUCUAACGAAAAAGGAUCUCAUUGUGGUGAAGAAUACAUUAUUACAAGUUUUCCAAAUUGAUUCUAAAAAUGAUAAAUUAAUAUUAAAUCAUGAAUUUAAAUUGAAUGGUAAAAUCAUUGGAAUCAAAUCAAUCAAAUUACCAGACUCACAGUAUGAUCAAUUGGCCAUUUUAACAAGUUUAGCUAAAUUAUCUAUUGUUUCAUUUGAUCAUGAUUUAAAUACAAUUCAAACAAAUUCAUUACAUUAUUAUGAAUCAGAAUUUUAUACUAAAUCAAUUUCUAAAAUUAAUGAAUCUCAAUUGAAAAUUGAUCCUAAUAAUCAAACUUCAUUAGUUGUUUAUAAUGAUUUAUUAGCUUUUUUACCUUUUAAACAAGAUGAUGAUGAAAUUAUUGAUGAUGAUCAUCAUACUCAAUCAAAUGAUCAACAACAACAAAAUAUUGAAUUAUUCCAUAACUCAAUAAUAUUACCAGCUAAUAAAUUAGAAUCAACAGUAUCAAAUAUAAUAGAUUGUGAUUUCCUACAUAGUUAUAGAGAUCCAACUUUAGCAAUUUUACAUAAUAAAGAACAAACUUGGGCAAGUGAUUUAUCCAUUAAAAAGGACACGGUGAAUUUUGUUGUCUUAUCUUUAGAUUUAUUAAAUGAUUCAUCUACUGCAAUUUUAUUAGUGGAAAAUUUACCUUAUGAUUUAUGGUUUGUAAAACCUUUACCAGAUCCAAUAAAUGGUACUUUAUUAAUUGGUUGUAAUGAAAUUAUUCAUAUUGAUAAUUCAGGUAAUACAAAAGGUAUUGGAUUGAAUAAAUAUUAUCAAGAUAUAACAGAUUUCAAAUUGAAAGACCAAUCUGAUUUAAAUAUUUUUUUGGAACAUUCAAAAGUUGAAAUUUUAAAUGAUAAAAAUAUCUUAAUUAUUGAUCAAUUUGGUGAAUCUUAUAAUUUACAAUUUUUCAUUGAUGGUAAAUCUGUUAAAGAUUUAUUAAUAACAAAAUUUGAAAAAGAUUUACAAAUAAGGUCUCCAAUUUCAAUUACAAAUAUUGAUGAACAAAAUAUCUUUAUUGGUUGUCAAUCAUCAGAUUCUAUAUUGAUUAAAUAUGAAAAAUUAAAACAAGAAACAAAUGAAGCAAAACCAACCACCCCGGCAGCCACUAAAACUAAUAAUGAUGAUGAUGAUGAAGAUUUAUAUGAAGAUGAAGAUUUGAAUAAUAAUAAUGAUGAUGAAUUAAUAAAUUUCAAUCUUCAAAUUAAAGAUAAAUUAUUCAAUGCUGGACCAUUAAGUUCAUUUACACUGGGGAAAAUAAAUCCAAAUUCUUUAAUUCAAGGUUUAACAAAUCCAAAUCAAAAUGAUGUUUCCAUUGUAGGGACAUCAGGUGAAGGUAAACAAGGGAAAUUAACUUUAUUUAAUCAAAGUAUUCAACCAAAAAUUCAUUCAUCAUUAAAAUUUAAUAAUAUUAAUAAAACUUGGAAUAUUUUGAAUAAAUAUUUAAUAACAACAGAUUUACAAAAUUUUAAAAGUGAAAUUUUCCUUAUAAAUGAAAAUUUUAAAAAUUUUCAAAGUUUUGAUUUUAAAAAUAAUAAUAUUACAAUCAAUAUUGAUACAAUUCAAUCACAAAAAAGAAUUUUACAAAUCACAUCAAAUAAUGUUUAUCUUUUUGAUUUAAAUUUUAAAAAAUUAUUACAAAUUAAUUUUGAUUUUGAAAUUAUAAAUGGUAAAAUUUUUGAUCCUUUUAUUAUUAUAACAAGUUCAAAAGGUGAAGUUAAAAUUUUUGAAAUGGAUCCGAAGGGUAAAAAAUUAAAUAAAGUUAAAAUCCCAAAGAUUAUAAGUGAUAUUAUUAUAACUUUUGGUACUAUAUCAUUAAGUAAAUUAUUAUCAAAUGAUAAAAGAGGUUCAAAAAGAUCAUUAAAUGAUGAAAAUCCAAAAAUUGAAAAUUCAAAUAUAUUAUUUAUGGUUACUACAGUUAAUAAUCAAAUAUUAAUUUUUGAAAAAAAUCAUAAUGAACAAGUUUAUCAAAUUGAUCAAAUUAAUAAAUUAAAUGAAGUUUCUAAAAUUAUUCCAUUUGAAUCAACAAAAGGUCUUAUACCAGAUCCUUUUAUUAAAGAAAUUGAAUUUUCUGAAAUUGGUGAUGAAUUUCAUUCAGAGGAAAUUUUAACAAUUUUAACAAUUGGUGGUGAAUUAAUACUUUAUAAAAUUUUUAAAGAUCUUAAUAAUAUAUCAAAUUUUCAAAAAAUUGAAAAUUUAAAUUUAAUUACAGGUGCACCAGAAAAUUUAUGGAUUGAUUCAACAAUUUUAGAGAAAAAAUUAAUUAAAUUAAAUAUUAAGAAUCAAAAAUUUAUAUUUGUUACAGGUAAACAACCAUAUAUAAUUUGGAAAACAAAUCAUUCAAUUCCAAAAAUUUUUAAAUUUACUUCAAAAACUGCAAUCUCCAUAUGUAAAAUUAAAGAUUCAAAUGAUAAAGAUGAUGAUUCAAAAUUUAUGUAUAUUGAUAUUGAUAAAACUGCAAGAAUUUGUUCAUUACCAAUUGGUGAAAAUUUUAAUUAUUCACAAAAUUUACCAAUUGAAAUUGUAUCUUUGGGACAAACUCCAAAUAAAGUUACAUAUCAUGAAACUUCUGGAUUAUUUAUUGUUUCAACAUUUGAAGAAAUUUCUUAUAAUGCAAUUGAUGAAGAUGGUGUACCAAUUGUUGGAUCUGAAUCUGAAAAACCAAAAGCUAAAAAUUUUAAAGGAUUUUUAAAAUUAAUUAAUCCAAUUAAUUGGACUAUAAUUGAUGAAAUUGAAAUGGAAGAAAAUGAAAUUAUAAAUGAUGUUCGUUCAAUUAAUUUAACAAUUUCUUCACGUUCCAAGAAAAAGAAGGAAUUUAUAAUUUUUGGUAUUGGUAAAUAUAGAUUAGAAGAUUUAUCAGUAUUUGGAGAAUUUAAAAUUAUUGAUAUAAUUUCAAUUGUUCCAGAUCCAACAAAACCUGAAGCAAUUUAUAAAUUUAAAGAAAUUUUCCAAGAAGUUGUUAAAGGUGCAGUUACAACAAUUAAUGAAAUUAGUGGUAGAUUUUUAACAAGUCAAGGACAAAAAAUCAUUAUUAGAGAUUUACAACAAGAUAAUAGUACUGUUCCAGUAGCAUUUAUGGAUUGUGCAACUUAUUUAUCAGAUUCCAAAAGUUUUGGUAAUUUAUUAUUAAUUUCAGAUUCAAUGAAAAGUAUUUGGUUUUUAGGUUUUGAUGCAGAACCAUAUAGAUUAUUAUUAUUAGGUAAAGAUCAACAAAGAUUUAAUGCUAUAACAACAGAUUUUAUAGUUGAUGAUGGAGAAAUUUAUUUCCUUGUUGCAGAUGAUGAAGAAUCAUUACAUUUAUUAACAUAUCAACCAGAUGAUCCAAAAUCAUUAUCAGGACAAAAAUUAUUACAAAAAUCAACAUUUACUACAAAUUCUAUCACAACAUGUUUGAAAUUAGUACCUAAAUUUAAUGAAUUUGAUCAAGGUUCCAUUACAAGUUAUCAAAAUAUUGGUGUUAAUGUUGAUGGAUCAAUUUUCAAAAUGAUUCCAAUUGAUGAAAUUAGUUAUAGAAGAUUAUAUAUAUUACAACAACAAUUAAGUGAUAAAAUUGCACAUUAUGUUGGAUUGAACCCAAGAUCUAAUAGAUUUAGUGCAAAUGAACAAGGUCAGAAACCAAUCAUUGAAUUUGGAUUAUUGAAAUGGUUUAUUAAUUUAAAUGUUGAUAAAAGAAAACAAUUUAGUGCUAAAGUUGGUAGAAAUGAUUAUUUGGAGCUUUUCAAGGACUUUAUCACAAUUGAAAACACAUUAAAGAAUCUGCAAUGA